AUGGGCGAUGAGCUUUUCCCAAGGAAGGAUGGAAAGAUAGUGACCUCUGACGUAGACUACGUAGAUGUGUGGAGGACACUAACUCUACUGUCCUGCUUGUUGCAGUCCUCUCAUCUGUCCCCGACCUCGAUCCAGGGCGCAGUAGAGACUGGCAUCGCGGCUGGAUACCGCCACAUAGAUACUGCCUACAGUUAUCAAAACGAGGUGGACAUUGGAAAGGCUCUGCGCUCCAAGAUGCAGCAGGGCGUCAUCCGACGUGAGGAUAUGUUUAUUGUCAGCAAGGUGGGAAAGUAUUUAGAGUCUCGACUUGACUGUUGUACGUUUACAUGUCGUCCACAGGUGGAGCUACAUCCUUACCUGAUCCAGACGGAUAUGAUAGAGUUCUGCAAAUCCAAGAACAUUGCCUUGACUGCCUACAGCCCCUUCGGUUCACCUGGGAGACCCUCAGAACUGUUAAGAGAAGACACAGAUCCACGCCUCAGCAAUUGUAUAGUUUUAGUUCAGGAGUAUAGUGUAAGUAUAUUUAGAGCCUCGUUGUCGGUUUCCCUGCAGAUCUUUGACUUCAGUCUGACUGAAGAAGACAUGAGUGCUCUGAAGGGACUGAACCGAGGGUGGAAGGCCUGUGCAAUCGAAGAAAUCAAGUCUCACCCGUACUACCCCUUCACCUGAGAGCGAAGACGCCACAACGACCAGCGCUGGAGCAUCCACCAGUGUCCUGUUUACUAAUAACGAUGAAAUGUUUAGAAUGAUAAGAGCCAAUGAUAAGCUCGCUUUGCUUUUUUAAUGUUUUUUUUAAUUAAAGAAAAAAUGUACAAAUGCACAAACGAAUACUUCUGAAAAAUGCAGUAGUAACGAAUGCAGCUUUUGCUUCAAAGGCAGAGAUGACAUCUUUUAUAAAACAUUCACGUUUAAUCCUAAAAGCAAGAACGAAAAAAACCUCUUUUAAAUGCAGCUCGUUCUGUUUCCUGUAUUUGUUCCCUUAGAGGAAUAUCAAAUCUGUGAUUCUUCCCAAAUACACAACUUCUAGAGAACCUUAA